UCAACAAGAAAUUCUUGGUUCUCGAAGGAGGAUUGUUUACUCGUCUCUGCAUGGCUAAAUACAAGCAAGGAUCCAAUUACAGGAGUUGAACAACAAACAAAACAGUUUUGGGCUCGUGUACAUGCUUGCUUUGUAGAUAAUGGAGGAAACUUGAAUAAUCGUUCACAAAUAAGUAUCUCAAGUAGAUGGCAAGAAAUAAAUAGAGAAGUCGGUAAAUUCGUUGGAUUUGUUACUCAAAUUGAAAAUCGUCAGCAAAGUGGAAUGACUGAAGAAUCAAGGAUUAAUGAUGCUCGGCAAAUGUAUGCUUCUUGCGUUGGCAAACGAUUUCAACUAGAACAUUGCUGGGUUAUUUUAAGAAAAGAACCCAAAUGGCAAUUUGAGCGUGCAAGUCAACAUCAAAGGUCAAAUAAGAAACAAAAAGGUCAUGUCAAUGCAAGUCCAGCUUCAUCAACUCCAUCCACCCCUGAUGCUGUGAGUUUAGGAGAAGAUAGUGAACCGUUGAUUUAUCAAGAUAGACCAAUCGGUCAGAAGGCUGCAAAGGAACGACUUAAACGUAGACAAGGAAAAGAUAAAGUUGGGGAUGUAACUGUAACGAAUCUCUUACAACAAUUCAGGGAUACUCUAGUUGAAAUUGAGGAUCAGAAGAAACAAGACAGGAAAAUUAUGUUAGAGCAACAAGCCAUGAUGAUUCAACAAAGUCAAGAGAAACAAGAAUUGGACAGGAUUGAGAAAGAAGAACAAAUUAUGAAAAUGGAUAUUUCUAAUUUGGAUCCAAUUUCUGCAGCGUAUUUUCAAAAUAGAAAGAUUAAUUAA